AUGACAUUUCUACGGCUUGCAUUCGACUAUGAUCCAACAAUUGAUUAUAACUCGCAUCGCAACAUUGAUAUUGGUAAUAUGGAUAAAGUGUGUGCCCAUUGUCAAGCAUUGAAAUACGAAACGGAAGCGCCCGGGUUGUGUUGCGUUAAUGGACAAGUAAAAUUAACACCCUUACAACAAGCACCGGAACCGUUACUAACAUUAGUAUCUGGAACUACUUCUCAAUCAAAACAUUUUCUCACUAAUAUUCGGAAGUACAACAGUUGCUUCCAAAUGACGUCAUUUGGUGCAGAUAAAAUAAUUACUGAUCACUUCAUGCCAACAUUCAAAGUGCAAGGUCAAAUAUAUCACACUGUAGGUUCAUUAUUGCCGAUAUCUGAUGAACAACACAAAUUUCUACAGAUAUAUUUUCUUGGCAGUUCGGAUGAUGAGGUCAACACUAGAUGUGCCAUUACUUCUGGGAUACGCCGUCAAAUUGUAGAGUCAUUACAAAUCUUACUCGAUCAGCACAAUCAAUUGGUAAAAUUAUUUAAAACUGCAAUAGACCGAAUGCCGUCCGACAAUCACAAAAUAGUUAUAAGAGCUGACAAAACACCUGGAGGUGAACAUUCAAGACGAUUUAAUGCACCAACAAUAAAUGAGAUAGCAAUUGUCAUUGGUGGUGAUCAAUUUGAAGCUAGGGAUAUUGUUUUGCAUCGGCGAAAUGAUACAUUGCAACGUGUCUCUGAAACACAUCGUUCCUAUGACGCACUUCAAUAUCCAAUACUGUUUUGGCAGGGAGAUGAUGGAUAUCAUUUUCAUUUGAAAAUGAUAAAUCCAACAACCGGUACGGAAACAACCAAAAAAAUUAGUUGCAUGAAUUAUUAUGCGUACAGAUUAAUGAUUCGAGAGAAUGGAGACAAUCAUAUUCUGAAGUGUCGGCAAUUGUUCCAUCAAUAUGUAGUGGACAUGUACGCAAAAAUAGAGACAGAGCGGCUGUUAUUCAUUCGACUCAACCAACGACAAUUAAGAUCGGAGGAAUACAUUCAUCUACGUGAUGCAAUUAAUACGGAUGGAAAUGCAAAUAACGUUGGUCGCAUCACAAUUCUACCAUCGACCUAUACAGGCAGUCCACGUCACAUGCAUGAAUAUGCACAAGAUGCAAUGUCAUACGUUCGGCAUUAUGGUCGUCCGGAUUUAUUCAUCACAUUUACCUGCAAUCCGACCUGGAAUGAAAUUAAACAAUGUUUGUUGCCCGGACAAUCGCACACUGAUCGUCAUGACAUCACGGCACGAGUAUUUAAGCAAAAACUAAAAUCAUUAAUGGGUUUAAUUGUCAAGUACAACGUGUUUGGUUCAGUUCGAUGCUGGAUGUAUUCAAUUGAAUGGCAGAAGAGAGGAUUGCCACAUGCGCAUAUUCUCAUUUGGUGUAUGGAUAAAAUUCAACCAAACGAAGUUGAUGGUAUUAUUUGUGCUGAAAUACCGGAUUCUGCAAUUGAUUCUGAACUAUUCCAAAUAAUUACAAAGAAUAUGAUACAUGGCCCAUGUGGUGCUCUUAAUUUACAUUCACCAUGUAUGAUUGAUGGCAAGUGCUCUAAACGAUAUCCAAAACAAUUCAUUCCAGAAACAAUAACAGGUAACGAUGGAUAUCCACUAUAUCGCCGUCGUUCAACACAUGACAAUGGUAAAUCAAUAAUGGUGAAAGUACGCAACAAUGACGUUGAGAUUGAUAAUCGUUGGAUAGUGCCAUAUUCGCCAUUAUUAUCCAAAAUCUAUAAAGCACAUAUAAAUGUAGAAUAUUGUAAUUCUGUGAAGUCCAUCAAAUAUAUUUGUAAAUAUGUCAACAAAGGCAGUGACAUGGCCAUUUUCGGAGUGGCACCUGAAAAUAAUCUAGAUGAAAUCCGACAAUAUCAGCUUGGCAGAUAUAUCAGCAGCAACGAAGCAAUAUGGCGCAUAUUUGCAUUUCCAAUUCACGAAAGAUAUCCAACUGUGGUACAUUUGGCUGUUCAUUUAGAAAAUGGACAACGAGUAUAUUUUACCACAGAAAAUGUUUUCGAGCGAGCAGCACAACCACCAGCAACAACAUUGACUGCUUUUUUUGCAUUGUGCCAAACUGAUGACUUUGCUGGAACGUUAUUGUACUCAGAAGUUCCACGUUAUUUCACGUGGAAUGCUACCAGAAAAACAUUUGAACGUCGGAAACAAGGUAAACCAGUAACUGGCCACCCACAGUUAUUUUCAAGUGAUGCCUUGGGUCGAUUAUACACUGUACAUCCAAACAUGGCUGAAUGCUAUUAUUUACGUUUGCUGCUGAUUACUGUGCGUGGCCCCACAUCAUUUCACAGUUUAAGAACUGUAAAUGGCGUAUUGUGCGAAUCAUAUCGUGACGCCUGUCAACACUUACAUUUACUUCAAAACGAUGAACAUUGGGACAAUUCCCUUCACGAAGCAUCACUUACAGCAUUAUUCGCAAUUAUAAUAUCAACAUGCUUUCCAUCAAGACCUGUACAACUGUGGGAACAACAUAAAGACGCCAUGACAGAUGACAUUUUACAUCAAGCACGUAAUGCAAGUGAACACACAGAAUUACAAUACACUGCGGAGAUGUAUAAUCAAUCAUUAAUUUACAUUGAAGACAUGUGUUUGAUGAUGGCGAAUAAACUCCUUAAUCAAUUGGGACUGCCAUCACCAAAUCGAACCAUUACAGAAGUUUGCAAUCGUGAAAUACAACGUGAAACACAGUACGAUACCAAUGCAUUACAUACAUUUGUUCAAGACAACAUAACAAACAUGAAUCAGCAGCAAACGCACGUCUACAACACUAUUAUGCAAGCCAUCAAUGAGAACAACGGUGAAUUGUAUUUCCUAGAUGCUCCCGGAGGUACUGGAAAAACAUAUUUAAUUGCGUUGAUUUUGGCCACAGUACGAUCAAACGGCAAUAUCGCGUUGGCAAUAGCGUCUUCUGGAAUUGCAGCCACUUUGUUAGAUGGUGGAAGAACGGCACAUUCUGCAUUAAAAUUGCCAUUAAACAUGCAACUAACAGAAACACCAACAUGUAAUAUUUCGAAAACAUCCGCAAUGGCAAAGGUUCUUCAACAAUGCAAGAUUAUUAUAUGGGAUGAAUGCACAAUGGCACACAAAAAGUCUUUAGAGGCACUGGAUCGAACCUUGCGAGAUUUGCGCACCAACCAACAGCCAUUUGGAAAUGCGAUUAUAUUAUUAGCAGGUGAUUUUAGACAAACUUUACCAGUCAUCGCACGAUCAACUCCAGCAGAUCAAUUAAACGCAUGUUUAAAAUCAUCUCAUUUGUGGCGAUUGUUUCACAAACUAUUAGUCCAGUCAAUAGAGAAAAAUUUUUGUGUUACUACUGAAUCACAAGAGGAGUUAAUUGCAAGUGUGUAUCCCAACAUUGUAGAUAAUUAUACAAAUCAUCAAUGGUUAAGCGAUCGCGCUAUAUUGGCAGCUAAAAACAAAGACGUAAGUGAUAUUAAUAUUGAGAUUCAAAACAAGCUUAGUGGCCAAACCAACAUCUACAAAUCUAUUGAUUGCGUUAUGGAUCCAGAUGAAGCUGUAAAUUAUCCAAUAGAAUUUUUAAAUUCACUUGAUUUACCUGGAACUCCUCCUCAUAUUCUGCAAUUAAAAAUUGGUGUGCCAAUCAUUCUGUUACGCAAUUUACAUCAACCAAGGCUUUGUAAUGGAACAAGACUGGCUGUAAAACAAUUGCUGAACAACAUCAUUGAAGCAACUAUAUUAUCUGGCAAAUACAAAGGCGAAAACGUAUUGAUUCCACGUAUACCAAUUAUUCCAUCAGAUAUGCCUUUCGAAUUUAAGCGAAUACAAUUUCCCGUCCGACUGGCAUUUGCUAUGACCAUCAAUAAAUCUCAAGGGCAAUCGCUUCAACCCACAUCUUAUGUCAAUAUGAACCCCACCGCCAUCAACCUUCAGAACGACAGAGGAAGUGAUACACUUUUCAAUGAGGCCGUGUAA